CAAAAUUAAUCACUGAUAAACUGCAAUCUUCCCGAAACGUCACACAAAAAAAGUAAGAUCAACAGCUCUUAUCUAAACAUAUCAAAACAAUGUAAAUGUGCGAAGCUUUAGAAACAAUCCACUAUCAAUCACUGUCCAAGUGGAUGAUGUCACCAAAAAAAAAAAAGAAAUAAUAAUAAUAAAAUCUUUUAAAAUACUAUCGCAAAGGUAGCGUAAACACGUGAUCUUCAAAUAAUCAACAAUACACCGCGGUUUGACUUUUAGAGGAAAAAAAGCGGCGUUUAAAUUGCUGCUGACUUCCAUGCUGGAACAUUCGAAUUUUUUGGUAUGAUUGUGUUAUUCUCUUGGAAUUUACUUUGUGACUAGGCCAUCAAAAUGAAAGUCCCGGGCACGGAUAUGAGAACCAAUCUGCAAAUAUUGACUGAGGAAGGUACCAUAACUGCAGUCGUCGAACCAGAAAAGAAAAUUACAGCCGCCUAUCAAAAUAUGAGAGCUAUUCCGAAUGUUUUAGUAGAUAAUUACGCUGAGUGGGUUGAAGUUUUGGAUUUAAGUCAUAAUAAGUUGAGAGAUAUAAGUUGUUUGGGCGAAAUGCAAAAUCUCCACACUCUUAUUUUGGAUCACAAUCUCAUCGUUUCCACGACUGUCUUUCCGAAACUUCCACGUCUGCGUGUAUUGUGGCUCAAUUUCAAUCUCAUCUCCGAAGUCGCUUUAUUCAUCCCGGCUUUGUCUCGAUCCUGCCCCAAUCUCCGCUAUUUGAGUCUCAUGGGAAAUCUGGCGGCUCCUGUUAUCACCGACAAUGCUACAAGCGAAGCACAGGAUAUUUACAGGCAGUACGUGAUCAGUCACUUUGAUCAUCUGCGUUAUUUGGACGAUCAACCAGUGGCAGUUAUAGAAAGGAUCAAAUGCGUCAAGGAAGAACCUUCUUUCCUGGAGUUGCUCCGAGGGGAUAUGCGGGACAUGUUCCACGACAUCAGGGAGGCACUCAACAUAAAAAUACCCAGGAAGCUCAACGCAAUCGUCUAAGAUAUAUUUAUUGAAAUAAUUUACCUUUGUAUUUGUAAUUUGUUAUUGCUUUCUGUGUUUUGCGUAUUUUUGCUGAGAAAUUAAAUAAAUUUUUUUUCGUUGA